CUCUGUUCUGAUUCAUGGAAUCUAUAAUAUUUUAUCUCAAAGAUAAUUCAAAUAUGGGAUCAGAGGGUUGUACCUAUAUAUACUAUAUAUUCUCCCGAUUUCUACUUCUAAAAGAACCAAGAGUGGAUAACCAUGUCAAUCUCAAUAGUAUAGUGCUGGUCUCGGAUUUAGAACAAUCAUGAUGAUAUCACUAUUGACUUAUAGUUUCUUCGCUUUCAUCGAGGAAGUGCAAUGGAUACUGCUGGAAAUUUGGGAAUAUCAAUGAUGUAUCUGUUUACCACGUAUCCCAGUUGCUGGCCCUGGCCUUUUAUCAAUCUAUUUUGGUCCGCGGAGCUGGGCUAAUCUGCUAAAACCCCCAGCGAUCUGUUUGGCCAUGCAUUGGGCCCGGGAGUCCGGACACUCCAAAUGCUCGGGGGCAAUGGAUGGUUUGGCCGGUUGGAGUGGUUGGAUUGGCUCGAUGGGUGGGUGAUUGGUUAGGUAGGUGGAUGGUGAAUGGUGGUUGGGCCAAAGUGGAGGGCUUAUCAACGGAUUGCGGUUCUCACGGUGGAUCUGGGCGCGCUAUCAGUUAACUGGCGGUGACGAUGUCGUAAAGCCACCAGCGAAACGUAAACAAACGACGCCCACGGUCCGAGCCGAAACCCAAUUGAAUCUGAAUCCGAUCCGAACCGAGCCGAAGUCCUGGACAAAAGUCGCACAGCUCCAGCUCCCACGGUUGCCAGAUAGCCAACCACUGGCGUCGCGUGCGCUUCGUUUCCAUCGUGGCUCAUGGCAUUUACCAGCAGCUCAUCGCCCGCUUGGGAUUAUCGAAGCUCCCCGGAAGCGUUGGGUGUCGUCCCGUUCCUGUGGCAGCGCCAAAAUGCCACGGAAACGCCAACGGAAAUGAGCCUCCAGGCAACCAGCUUCGGUGCCGGCCAUCUGCUGUGGCUAGCCAUAAAUGCCUUCUUGUUUGCCCUCAUCCUGGGCGGCAACAUCCUGACCAUUGUGGCUGUGCGCACCUGCCGCCACCUGCGAUCGGUCAUCUCCAAUCUGUUCAUCCUGUCGCUGGCCGUCUCCGACUUCUGUGUGGGACUGGCACUGCCAUAUCAUCUGGUCUUUUACAUGGGCUCGGACAUUGGGGCCAUGAGAGGUCCCUGCCUGCUGCGCUUCUUCCUGCUCAUCUGCGCGUGCUGCGUGUCCAUGCUGACACUGAUCUCGAUUGCGGUGGAUCGGUAUAUAGCAGUCGUCUAUGCCCUGCAUUAUAGAAGAUACAUGACCCGUCGAGUGGCCUAUAGCAUCAUCAUAUCCAACUGGUGCUUGGGUGCUUUGGUGGCUCUCCUGCCCGUGUUCUGGAAUCGAUGGCCGGAGGCACAGGCGUGCGAAUUCGACGAAGUUCUCUCGCCCGGUUACAUUGCCGGUGUGAUAACGCCGGGUUUUGUGAUCAUCUGGAUCUGUAUGUUCCUCGUCUACUGGCGCAUCAUGCGCGAGGCAUCCAAGCAGGCGCUGCGAUUGCGGCAGUCGGUGGUCUACAACACGGAUGAGGCCACCACCAUGCAGAGUCUGCUGCUCCAUCCAGACUGGAAGAGCGUCCAGAUAGUGGUCUUCAUCAUGGGCUGCUUCACGCUCUGUUGGCUACCGUACUUCUGUGUGGCCAUUGCCCAGCUAUUCAGCAUCUGCCGGAGCAGCUCGAUGAUCUACAAGACGACGUUCUCUCUGGCCAUUGCCAACUCUGCUCUCAAUCCGAUCAUCUACUCGUGGAAGAACUCCGGCUUCCGGCGAGCCUUUGCCCAAACACUAUGCUGUCGAACGGCGAGGCAGUGCGAGGAUCAGUUGCCGGCGGACAGCAAGCACCGCAUGGAGGCCACAUCCUCAUCCACGGGCUACCAGCAGGAGAUCAAACCGAAGGCCACUCAGUGAUCAACGGAAUGGGAAACCCAACGCUUUAACUUGGUAGAAUUAAAUGGAGAUGAUAGCAAUAAAAGUGGACAUUAUCUUUA